GCGGGCGGAGCGAGGUCCGGCGCCGCCGGGCGAGAGUUCGCAGUGGGGUAAGCGGGACGGCUGGGCGUGGGGCUGCAUGCCCGUACCCCAGCGCCAGGCAGGACGGUCAAAAGUUUGAGCCCAACCUGGGUGACUUUUGAGACUUGGUCUCACAAUUUUAGAAGAGGUGGGGGCGAAGAUGUACCGGGAGCAAAGGGCCGGGGUGCACUUCCCGGUACCGGAAAAGCAGGUCCAGAAUGUCCAUACCGGCCUUGACCUGUCCGUGCCCCAACACCAAGAAGUGCGGGGCAGGAUGCUCUCCGGCCAUGUGGAAUACCAGAUCCUGGUGGUAACCCGGCUGGCCGCCUUCAAAUCAGCCAAGCACAAGCCCGAGGAUGCCGUUCAGUUCUUGGUCUCCAAGAAGUACAGCGAGAUAGAGGAGUUUUACCACAAACUGAGCAGUCGUUACCCAACAGCCAGUCUGCCCCCACUGCCCAGGAAGGUCCUGUUUGUCGGGGACUCUGACAUCCGGGAAAGGAGAGCCAUGUUCAGUGAGAUUCUGCGCUGUGUCGCCGAGGAUGUCCAGUUGGCAGGCAGCCCUGAGCUGCUAGAGUUCUUAGAGAUGAACAAAGCGUCCAAACCUACGCUUCUCAGACUGUCUGAGGGGGAAGCAUCGCUUUUUCAUCCCCAGCCCAUCACAGGCUGGUGCCUUGGCAGACACCACAGGCUCAGCAGUGGCGCUAAUGCCAGGCUUGCUGCGGAAGCUUCUGGACGCUUGCUCUCCCUGUCUGUCCUGCCUUAUCACGGAUGCCUGUCUGUGGACUGCACUCUGAGAAGGGGCACCAGAUCCCCAGGGGCUGCAGGUCUCACUAGCAGAGAUUCUUCUGCCCUGGGUGACACAGGAAGCCAGACUGGAGAUGGUGAGGAGGCGUUUGAUUUCUUUGAGCAGCAGGACCAAGUGGCUAGUGUGGGUCAGCCCGUCCUGGGCCAGAGAAGUGAGGCUGGAGAGAAGUCCGAGGAAGAGGAGGAGGAGGAGGAGGAGGAGGAGGAGGAGCUGGAUCCCCUGGGAAUUCUACGCUCCAAGAAGCCCAAGAAACGCCCUGAGGUAGCUGUGAAGGCCAAGCCCUUGCCCCGGCUUACCAUCUUUGAUGAGGAGGAGGACCUUGAUGGAAAGCUCUUUGGCCCAGGCAGGAGGCUAUCCCCGAAGAGCCCUUCCAAGGGCGUGCCCCCCAUGGACUCCCUGAAGCUGUUUGAUGACCCUGACCUCGGUGGGCCCGUUGCCCUGGGUGACCCCUUGCUGUUGCCAACCACCUGUGAGCAUGGAGGGUUCACUUCCAGCCUGGGUCGCAAGGAGACCUCUGACCAACUCUUCAGAGUUGAGGAGGACUUGGACCAGAUUCUGAACCUAGGGGCUGAGCCCAAACCCAAGCCCCAGCCUAAGCCCAAGCCUAAGCCCAAGCCACCCAUGGCAGAGAAGCCAGCACUGCCCAGGAAACCAGCUGUGCCCUCCAGAUCAGGCCUGUCAGAAGCCGAGGUCACACAGCAGAAGCAGCAGCAGCAGAUCCAAGCAAUGGACGAGAUGGACAUCCUACAGUACAUCCGGGACCAUGAUGCACCUGUCCAGGCCUCCCCCAGCCUCUUCUGAUGCCCACUUGACGCUGACCUCUGCUGUACCCUCUCCUGUGGAGGCCUGUGUGGGAGUAGGUGGCAGGCGCCUGCCCUGUUCAGCUAGUACCUCCAUUCCCGGGCACACAGGGACACCCAGGCCCUGGACCAUGCCAUUCCCUUUUAUCGUGGGCUGUGGGCUCAACUGGAACCCCCAGAAGAGUGGAGGUGACCAUAGGAAUUGAAGCCGUGCUGUCUCGGUGCAGCUGGGUGUGGCGGGGAGAAGGGAGGUCCCUUGCUCACCAGGUGCCUGGGGUGAGCUGUGAGUGGCCCCGUGGUGGUGUCCUAUGAGAAAAUGACACCUCCUGCCCACUGGCUGGGCUGCUGUGGGGACUGCGCAGCCUGGCUGCUGUGGCUGGAGAGGGACCCCAAGUGGGAGAGCCAGGCUGUCUGGGGUGUCCCGAGCCGCCUCUGGGCCCCGUUCUGAGGAGGAAGUUAGGCCCAGCCCUGCCCCAGGAGGAGGGAGACCUGCAAGCCCAGGUCUUCCCUCCACUUCCUUUCCCAGUGGCCUUCUGGGCACAGAGCCAGUGCCCCGCAGCACAGCCCUCAGCAGCACGGGCUGCCAUGUCCCCUGAGUUUGGCUUCCUCCUCUCGUGGACAUGGUGCUCUAGGGCCUUCCCACCCUCAGGUGUAGCUUUUCUCAGUGGCCUUUUACCAGCGCAGGGCAGCACCUCAGACCUGGCCUGGGUACACGGGGCUGGGCACCAUGUGGCCUCGGGAACCUCGCCAUGAAUGAAUCAUGUUUUGUGGAGCAAAGGAUGUUGGGAUGUGUUUCCUGGAUACGUUCUUCAUGCUUAGAGCCAGUUUUUAAUGAAACAUGAUAGUUUUCAACAAAA